UCCUUAAGUAAUCAUAAACCCAAAAAUUAAAAUAACAAUAAAUAAAAAGAAAACCAAAAUUUCUCAUCAAUCUAGCUUUCUCGAUCUAUAGUGAUAAUGGCUGCCAUGAACUCCAGUGUAUUGGCAUGCAGCUAUGCCAUAUCAGGGGCUGCUUCAUCUGAGCUCAAUGCAAAGGCUGCUUCAAUGUCGGCAUCCAUGGUCUCACCCCCUUCAAAGCUGCUGGCAAUCAAGGCCCAACAACAACCACCACCAAGAACAGCUUUGGAUUCCGAAAACGGCAGCCAGCAAGGGAGAAGAGCUGCCCUUCUCGGCCUCGCAACUGCCCUUUUCACCGCCGCAGCAUCCACUUCCUCAGCAAACGCUGGCGUCAUUGAGGACUAUCUCGAGAAAAGCAAGGCCAACAAGGAGUUGAAUGACAAGAAGAGGCUGGCAACAAGUGGAGCAAACUUUGCAAGAGCAUACACAGUUCAAUUUGGGAGCUGCAAGUUCCCUGAAAACUUCACCGGCUGUCAAGACCUUGCCAAGCAAAAGAAAGUGCCAUUCAUCUCAGAUGACCUGGAAUUAGAAUGCGAAGGGAAGGACAAAUACAAGUGUGGUUCCAAUGUUUUCUGGAAAUGGUGAAAUGUGGGACUGUGAGACCGCUCAUUUCAUUCAUGCCUAAUUAAUUAUUGAAUGCUCUUUUUAGAUUGAACUUGUAUCUCUUCUUCUUCCAUGUAUUAUCUCUACUGCUUUCUCCUUCAAUACUUUGCAACCUCUCAUCCUACGCACAAUGUUUUGACAAUAAAAGAAACAUGAAACAGAACC